UGAUUUGCUGCUACUAACAUUUUAAUUGCGAAGAAUAAAAAAGUUUGAAAGGUUAUAUUAUAGGUUAUAUUACCUUUUCGCGGUAUUAUCUAGAACGAAAAGUUUGUUACCCACUAAAAUGUCUUUUAAAAUCCCCAACGUGAGCCUUUCAAAUGGUGUGAAGAUGCCCAUUAUUGCUUUGGGCACCUAUGCUCGAAAAGCAGAACCAGGUCAAUUCCGCCAAGCAGUUGAGUGGGCUAUAGAGGCAGGUUACAGGCAUAUUGACACAGCAUCUGUAUACAACAAUGAAGAAGAGGUUGGAGAAGCUAUUAAUAAUAAGAUUAAACAGGGACUUGUUAAAAGGGAACAACUAUUCAUCACCACAAAGGUAUGGAAUGACCGUCAUGAAGAAAAAGAAGUGGUCCCUGCAUUAAAGGAGUCUUUAGCAAGACUGAAGAUGGACUAUGUUGACCUCUAUCUAGUGCACUGGCCUGUCUCCGCAACUCCAUCCGGUGAGGACAUGAAGAUAGACCACAUGGAAACCUGGCGCGGCAUGGAGGAAGCUUUGAAACUUGGGCUGACGAAGUCCAUAGGCGUCUCUAAUUUCAACGAGGAGCAGUUGACGAGAGUCGUGAAGAAGGCUACUGUUAAACCGGUUGUUAACCAAUUUGAGAUAAACCCUACACUCACACAACAUAAAUUUGUGGACCUCUGCAAGUCUCUCUCCGUUCAACCUGUGGCUUACACGCCACUCGGUCUCAUAUCCGAGGCAAGGCCAGAGUUUGCGGGUAAAGAUGUAAUAAAGACCGAUCCUGCGCUCGGGCAGUUGGCUGAGAAGUACGGGAAGACGAGGGCACAAAUUGCUUUAAAGUACUUGGUUCAACGUGACAUAGCAGUGCUGCCGAAGUCGUUCACCAAAUCUCGAAUCGAAGAGAACAUAAACAUAUUCGAUUUUCAAUUGACCGAGAAGGAAAUGUCCAUAGUGGAUGGUUACAAUAUCGAUCACAGAUGUGUACCUGGUACAACGUUGAAAGGGCUGACUAAUUAUCCCUUUUGAAAUAAGUUAAAGUUAAAUAAGUUUUUUUUUGUUACACUAUUACUGUUGCUAUUGGUUUUAUUAUACAUUUAUUAAUACGUCUACAAAUUUUAUUAAAAGGCUAGAGAGUAGAAAAUAGGAUUGCAAAUAAUAAUGUAUUUUUUAUAUAAUCAACAAGGAAAUUUUCAAUCAGGAGUACAAAUUUUCAAUAUUUUCAGGUAUAAAUUUACACAAGUACAUGUUCA